UUGCGAAAGUGGUUUUUUCUUUUUGGGAUUUUUCGUGACGGACCUUUUUUUGCAGAAGAAAUAGAAAUAGUGGAUGUGGAAGCUUCGGCGCUUACUGCUCUUGUUCAUUUCUGCUACUCUGGCAAAAUAACGAUCAACAACACCAAUGUGAAGAGCAUUCUGCCCGCUGCUUGUAUGCUUCAAAUGAACGAAGUUCAGCACGUUGUUGGUACUGAGCAGUUCUAUCAACUUUCUGUUAAUCAACUAGUUGAACUCAUUUCAAGUGAUAAGCUCAACAUCCGAUCAGAAGAGAAGUUGUUGGAGCACGUACGACUCCCACUUUGUUCCCCCAAGUUCCUCGCCGAAACAGUCAGUGAAGACGCGUUAGUGAAGGCGGACGAGGCCUGCCGAUAUCUUCUCGAUGAAGCAAAGGUUAUUGUAGUCCCUACAGCAAAAUAG